UUCUGCCAUGGCUGGGCUUGAGAGGGCGAGAGAGAGAGUGAACUCAGCCGAAAACCCAAACAUUGUUCCUGAAAAAAAGGAUGUUCUGUCAAACGAAAAUGGAGCCGCUGAGAUCCUUCCCCAGUGGACACUCUUGCCACAAGAACAAAUCAGAUUGCUGUGUGGAGUCUCCGUGGACGAGGUGCAGCUGCAAUUUGAGGAUGUACUCAAUCUGAAAAAGCAUCAGACGUGCUUACAGGAGGCAGCGUUGUUGGACUGCUUUGUUGCAGGAUUUUGGUGGGCCAAAGAAAUGAACUUCACUUGUCAGCAAAUCUCAUUUAUCAUGGCCGUGUUACAGCUGUUACUUGACAAUAUAAAUGAUAAGCAGAUGUCGUUUAUUGAGAAUUUCAAGGUGCUUACGCAGACACUGCUUGCCACCAGAAAGUCAACAGCUUCAGUAGACACUGAUGUUAAUCCAUUAUUUAACUCAGAUCAAAUCAGAUCCAUUACAGACUACUUCAGGAUCGGUGUUUUUCAGCACUACAAGCUGUAUGAGUUCCUGUUCAAUCACCCAAGAGAUGAGAUGCUCCUAGGAAUGGAGAGAAACGUUGAAAUAUUUAAUUGCACCGAUUUUGCUGCUCCUCUAGAAGAGGGCAUGCCGGCUGACGUGUACUUCCGUUACAUAGCUCCGCCCCACACCACGCCCCCCGACCAGGGGCUGGACGAUCGUCUAGAGAAGAACGAGGAAGAUCCUGGUGAAGGCAAACAGGGCAAGAUGUGUGAAACCCUGCAAGGCUUCGGCGCGGAAGAUGUGCAAGAAGUGCUUGGGGAAGUAGCCAAAGAGAUGCUGGCCAAGCUGCAGGAAGAUUUCGCCGAGAGGCUGUGCAUUGAGGAGGAGACAUACACCGCCAGGCUAGAGGGUCUUAAGCAUGUGGCGUACAAAUAAGGCUGUCGAGGACCGGGGGAGAUGUCUUCUCCCAGCUCCUCACUAAUUAAAUCACAUAACCAUCCCUUCCCGUAUUCUUUAUAAAGCAGUAGAAUGAAGCAUUACGAGAUGGUUGAAAGCCCUUACAUUCCUGAGGGCUUACACAAUCAAUAGAAUAUAAUCGUGAUUUAGUGAAAAUGUGUGUAAAUGUGUGGGGGUUUUUUUCUCUGCAUACUUGAUUUAUGAUUAUUUUUAUGAAGUAUGAAUUGAAUGGUUUGAAUUAUGUCAGUCCCUCCGAUGUUGACAGCAGCUUGAUUACACUACUUUCAGAGAAAGACAUUCAUUCUGGAUUCAUUAAAAAAGCCAAGGUAAAAUGCAGAGCUAGAAUAUCCCUUAACAGCCAGUGAGCAAACGGAAUAUCUAAUUGAGUGGUUUAUAUAAUGUUUGUGUGUAGCUUUUCCCACAAGUCAUUAGCUGUCUGAAAGUAGCCCAGCACUAUGGCAACGCAAUGUAACUCACAAGCUAAAUAGCUGAGUUGCCAUAUAAAGUGAUGUAUUAUUAAAGCUGAAUAGUGGCUUUUCCUCAGCAUUUGGGGAAAAAACAAAAGCAGCUACUUACAACUAUAAAUACACCCCGUACCCUAGCUCGGAGAUUGCUGAUAAAAUGCUUUCUCCCAUUCUCUUUGGUCCCAUGUUUCCCUCCAUUUUCUCUACACAGUUUUUCCCCCUUUUUCAAACAUAUUGUCCAGUCCAUAUGCUCACUGGGUUGCCUCAAAGACACUUUAUUUAUUUCAUACCCUUACUCUUGCAGAGAGGAGAGCUGUCUAAUUUUACCCCACAAUAUACAUUUUUAACAUACUCUGAUUUAUGAAGUGAAUAAACUUUAACGUGCAUGUUUAGUCGACACAAUAUCAGUUUACGUUAAUAUUCACCCAUGUUUCUUGUCACACUCCUUUUUAUGCCCUGUUGAUUUAGUUCCUCAUUAGAUGGUGGCCCUUUAUGUUGACACAGUGGGGCAAACCGAGAUGCUUAGCCUGAAUUCCUGAAGAACAUGUUCGUGCAGAUUGUUGUUUGGAAUCAUUCUUUUUGUUCCCAGCCUGAUUGAUAGAGUUGUUACUGAGCCAAGAGCUCAGUGACCUUUUCCAUAGUUCACUGAGCAGAUGAGCGUCUGCUCUCAUCUGCUCCCUCUGCUGGCAGGUGAAGCACAUUACAUGUGUAUAUCACCUACCACACAGAUGGAUAGCUUUCACUUGCUGUUAACGCUGAUAAAAGAAUGUUAUGAGAGAAGAGCUAGGUUUGUGGCCAUUGUCUUACGAGCAGUAGGUUCAAAGCACGUCUGAAGAAACAAGCUCUGCUGAUGAAAACAGUUCCUUUUCAGUCCAGUGUGUAAUCUCUGUCUUCAAUGGCCUGCUCCUUUGUGGCAGGGUAAACAUGUUUUAUGUGACAUGUUUGCAUUUCUCUCUUGAGCAGUUGGUACAGUCUUGUUUCUCGUCCCUGCUAUGGGGGAUGUACUCAAGAGUCAAAUGUCAAAUAGAAAACUCUGUUUAUAAUAUGUUUGCUGUAAAAGGCACAUAUGUGGUAAACCAUGAAGAUAAUCAAAAGUAGAUGUUAUUACUCUUUUAAGUAUUGUGUAUCUUACUUGAGCAUUCCUAGAUGUUAUGUGACAUCAAGAUUUAUGUUUUUAAUCAAGACCAGAAAUCCACAUGAAUCAACUGCUUGGCAGUGAAGACCUCCGUGUAAAAUAUUUCGCAACCACCUUACGUCAAACAACAAAGACUCUGUUGCUGACACUACGAGAUCUGGCCUAUCAUACUUAGCCCUUUGGUGUCCUAAGUAAUAGAACAUGAUGAAAAAUACCAAGGUCAAACUCACGGAAAAAGCUCUUGUACUGUUUAUCUUACCCAGCUCCCACUGUAUCGGCAUUCAUCAGCUUUUAAGAUGUUUUCUUGUGUCUGCACCGGUUUAGGCUUUGCUCCCAGAUUCCAUCCUGAUCGUAUUCAGAAUGCUGUUAAUUGCGAUCAAAUGCCUGUGUGUGUAUACUUCCUGCUGAACGUGAGCACAUGUCUAUACAGCUCUGUGAAACAUAAUCCGCUCCUCUCUCAAGUGCUUGCCUGUGACGGGCUCAGGUUUGCCGGCAGAACAAGACCUUGGUAAAAAAUGAGAUGGCCUCCAGCUUCAGCCGUGAUAAUAUGCUUAAUGUCAGAGGGUGUGGAACAGCGUAUACAAGAAAGAACGUUUAAUUGUGUUUACUUGUUCUUCUUUAAGCAAAUGAUUACGAAAUACCGCUGUAAUUCGAAAUGUGAGUCACAGGCUUUAUAUGCCUGUUGAAUGACUACAGCCAUCUGGCAGCCUCAACACAAUGAAGUCCAGAAUACUGAAUUGUAAUAAUUUUCCUUCCUGUUGAAAGUAAUUCCAGUGUUGGAUUCGGCAAACAAAUGAGAAAACAACAUACUUUUUUUAUAGCUCUUUCAAGGACUGCCUAUUGUCAGCAGAAAAUAACUCACUGUUGUGUUGUGGUAUAGUGUAACAUUUAAUAUGUUUUAAAGUGCAAGUUGGAUGGAAAAGCUUUGAGAGUCCCUCACUGGUCAUGGACCUGGGAGCAGAUGUUAGAUUUUCCUUGAGCAGAGGAAAGUUAUGAGGGCAAUCUGGAAUGCCUGACUGGUAGCCUUUUGACUUUCCACACAUUCCUAAAUUACCAUGUAAUUUAAAACUGUGUUUUCAUUGCAAAAUACUGGAGAGCUACAGUUAAUUCACUGCAGUUAUAGCCAUGCUGCUGAACACAAAAAUAAUGUUUGCAUUGUUGGGGGAAACCAGGCAAAACUGCUGUUCUGUGGUGGUAAUAAAAAGUGGGACAAUCAUGCCGUGAUAUAAACUCUCUCUGAGUGAACGGGUUUGGCCCCGAUUAUUGCACUGGUCUCAUAUCCAUGCAAAUGCUACAGAUUGCUUUGUUUCCAUGGAACUUUCAACUGCCGCUCCCCGUAUCAUUUACAUAAAAAUAGUUCCUCUUUAGUAACUCGAUACUUUAACACUAACAACAUGCUUCCUCUGUUUCAGCCAGAUUUUGCAAGAAUGCAGCCCAUAGUUCAGCCUCAUUAUCUAUUAUGAUAGUUUAUAUUCGUCUUCAGUCCUCUAAGGCGCCAUUAAUGUUGCUUACGUAAUGAAAUUUAUUGAGUGUACAAAUCAUUAAUUCCACCUUAUACAAGCUGCAGUAAAGCAACUCCACCUCUGCCUUCAUUUGCUCCUUUUUCAUAUGUUCAUUUUUUCCCCUCUAACUUGAAGCGAUUUAGCGGUGGCCUUAACUGGCGAGAUCCUCUGCAUUCAUAUUUACUCGUACUUAUUUUAAACAGAAGAACAAGGGAGCACAAGAGAGACAAAACAGUUGUGGAGGUCAGAUUUUAUUGACAUUCUAGUCCCUUUCAAUUUAUAGCAAAAGAAUGUAGUGUGUCUCCACAGAACACAAUGAGAAAUGUUCCUGUACAUGUGAAAAAUGUCAUACCCACUUGCCCCUGGCUGCAGCCCUGAAAGUGCUGCUGUGUAAAUGAUUGGAUACACCUCUGCUUGCUCAUAUAUCACUAAGAAGGUCAGAAUUUUUGAGGUCAGGAUCUUGUGAGCAGUGCUUGGUUAUGCUGAUAAGAUAAAAUCACCCAUUGUAUUUGAAAGCAUCCAGUAGAUGUGUUAUAUUUAUUUGAGCCAAGAGUGUACACUGAGCACUUUAUGUUUCCUGUCAAUAAACCAGAAGCCCAUAAAAAGGUCAUUACAGCUGGAGCCAGACAGUAACUUUCUUUGUACUGUGAUUAGAACACAGUGUGGCGCUAUGUCAUUCACAGUGCAUAAUGUGACAAAACCUUAAGUAAUUACAGUAAGUCUGUAUAUAAAGGACAUGACUUUUAGGUGAUAAUAUCAACUUGCCAGGGUUGAUAUCCAAGUACAUAACUGUACCACAUAAGUAAGUUGAGCUGUUAUGUUUGACAUGGCCUCUGAUCAAGGCAAGGAAUACCCCACAUUUGCACUCCUGCUUGUCAGCAGAGAUGUGGGAGAAUGCUUGAAGCCUUUUCAUCCAUAUUGGUGAGAUCUGUGUGUGGGUGUUUAUUCAUGUCAUAACCAGGGACACCAGAGAUGGAUAUUUGCUUUCAAGAAAAGUGGAAAUAGUAUAUCAGGUUGGCUGGGACUAAGCAUAGAACCCAAGCAGGUAGAAUUGACAAUAUAACCACCUGAAGAUUUUGAGACCACAAGCCCUGACUGUGCGGUUAGCUACACGAACCUCUUCCUGUGGCCUGUACUUUGCUUAAUCCAUUUACAGUUACAGUAAUGUUAAGAUUUAUAUAAUGUAAAGCAGUCAUGUGCCUCUGUGACAGAUGAAACGUGUGUUGUAUAACAAGCCGAAUAAUG